GUAACAAAGCUCAUAUCCUUUUAUGUGAUGGUCCUUGUGGUAAAAAUUUCUAUACUAGAUGUUUAAAAACUCCACUCUCGAGAAUUCUUGCUGGAAAUUGGAAUUAUACGAAGUGUGAAAGUGAAAUUCAAAGAAAUCAAACA